AGUCUAUGACAGAUUUAGGAUUUCGUGGGAGCUCGAUUGAUGAACAUCCAGCCGCUAUGAUCGACUGGUCGAAAUUGUCGAGCAGCAUUUUCUCCCAAGGGUCCGACGCUUUUUCAGAGGCUAAACAACGAAUCAGCCAGGCCAUUUCUCAGAACGAUCUAGACCCGCAGAACAUAGACUGGUCUAAAGUAUCGAGCAAUGUUGCCUCCCGUGUGUCUGAUGCUCUGACAGAGGCCAGACAACUGGCCAAUCAGGCCGCGUCUCAGAGAGAUACAGACCUACAGAAUGUUGACCAGUCCAAAUUGCUGGGCAAUAUUGUAUCCAGUGUGACCGAUAUUCUGACAGGUGCCAAGCGACUGGUCGAUCGGAACGUGUCAGCAAGAGAUCUAGGCCUGACAGACAUCGACUGGUCUAAAGUAUCGGACAACAUUCUCUCCCAUGCUUCUAGUGCGCUGGCAACAGCAGGACGUCUGGUGUAUGUAAUUUGCUGCUUCAUUAUUACGCCUUUGUUAAUGGGUUUGAUGCACACUUUCUAGUGAUCAGGUAUUCAUACACC